AUUUUGGUUCGCGGAGCCUGUCGUGUGGUGACGUCAUAAGAUGUGCCACUGACUCCUGUGGAAUGGAAGAGUGAGGUGUUUGUGUGAGGUCUUUUGCUGUAGAUGGUGAACAAACAAUCUUAAAUGACACAAGUCACUUUCACACCAGUUCAUCUAUAAAUACUGUGAAGAAGUCAAACAAGCUGCUGCUGUCACAACACAUUCAACUACUCUACUAUUCUGAUCCACUGUUGUAAUGAUGGAGUGUGUUAAAGAGGAGACUGAUCCUGAAUCAUUCACAAUAACACCUCAACACACUCAACAACAAAGAGUGGAAAUAAAAGUGGAAGCUGAAGAACACAUUGAAGUGAAGGAUGAAUAUCAGCACCACGGUUUCAAAACUGAAGAAAAUUCUUUCGCCUCACAAACUGAUGAGAAAUCACCUCAAGAAAGAGCUGAAGCCCAAAAAUCUUUUGCUUGCAAUUUUUGUGAAAAGACUUUCAAACGAAAAGGGCAGCUUACGCAUCACCUAAAAAUUCACACUGCUGAGAGGCCUUACGCAUGCUCCCACUGUAACAAGACUUUCAUCCAAAACCGUCAGCUUCAGUAUCACAAAAGGAUUCACAUGGGUGAGAGGCUGUACACCUGCCCUCAAUGUGAAAGGAUUUUCCCAUCAAAAUCUAAUCUAGAGAGUCACAUACGAGUUCACACUGGAGAAAAACCUUUCAAAUGUCCUCACUGUGAUAAGAGUUUUACACAACGAGGAACUCUUAAGACUCACGUACGAGUUCAUACAGAUGAGAAGCCAUUCUCGUGCCAUCUAUGUGAUAAGAGUUACACACAGGCACAAGGUCUCAGAGUUCAUCUGCAGUGUCACUCGGACGAAAGUCACCUGAAGACUCAUACAGAUGAGAGGCCUUGCUUAUGCCAUCUGUGUGGCGAGGGUUUCACAGAUGAAGAGAAUCUUAAACGUCAUCUGCUAUUUCACUUGAACCAAAGUCUGUUUAGCUGCGAUCAUUGCGGUCAUAAGUUUGUUACGGCAGCACUGCUAAAGAGUCACAUGAAGACUCAUGCAGGUGAGAGGCCUUGCUUAUGCCAUCUAUGUGGUAAAGCUUUCACAGAUGGACAGAAUCUUAAACAUCAUCUGCUGAUACACUUGAAUGAAAGUCUGUUUAGCUGUGAACUGUGCAAUACAACGUUUGUUUCAGCAACAAUGCUGAAGAGACACCUAAAGACUCAUACAGAGAUGAGGUCAUAUUUGUGUUCUAUUUGCGGCAAGACUUGUCUAUCGCUCAACAAAAUGCAGGAGCACCAGAAGAGGCAUACGGGUGUGAAAUCCUCAGUGUGUGAAAAUGUGUUUCAGGGACCCAAAGAGCUGGAGCAGCACCAGAAGAUCCAUACUGGAGAAAACCCCUAAAAGUGCUCACAUUGUGUAAAGAGUUUUAUUGAGUCUGUGACGCUGAUCAAACACAAGUGACUGUAUACUGGAGAGAAGCUGCACCGCUGUCAUUCAUGUUGGAGAAGUUUCAGACAUAGAAAAAUACUGUUUUGCAAAUUUGCAGGUAUCUGUGUACUUCCAAAUUUAAAUUUUGUUCAUUAUUGGUACACUGUAAACCCGGAUAAGUUCUACUAACUCAAAAAAAUUGAGGCAACUGAUUGCCGCUAUUUUUCUAAGUUUGCCAACUUAAAAGUUUUGAGUUCUGACAACUUCAAUUCAAAUCAAAAAAAUGUAUUUAUCUAAACUUAGAUAAAGUCUUAUAUAAAUUAAAUUAUAUAUUUUAUGUAACUUAAAUUGUAGUAGUAGUUUUACUGAAAUAUUUUGAGGCAACUGAUUGCCUUGUUUUUCUUAAGUUUCCUGUACUCAAAUAUCUACAUUUUACAACUUAACAGAACACUGUAAAACCUGACAAGUUCAGAGUACUCAAAAUAUUCACGUAAACUAACUACCAUUUAAUUUUGUUCACAAAUCACAGAAACAUAUCAUGUGACUCUCGAUUUUUGAUACCAGUGAAAGUGUGUUAAGACUGAACUCAGUGCUGACUUUCACAUAGGUAUUGUUUAUAUUAAGGAAUUAAGUCACAACUUCGAACUUCGAAUAAAACAAUGGGAUUGUCGAUGCUACCACGCCCCCAUGUCACGUCCUGUUGGCUUGCCAAGCAUGGGAUAAAAACUUUAGAAGCAUCGGUCCAGCGGAACGCGAUCAUAUUUUAAACACAAUGGAUGUAUUGCUACAACUCCUUGAAAUGCAUAUCAUAAACAGGAUUACCUAUAGUGAUCUGACUUUGGACAGAGCGCAGCUCUCUGCAUGUGCGUGAGAGAGCCGCCAAGAUGCAGCGGGUUAUAUUUUAAAGAAAAGGGAUAGUUUGCCUCAGCUCGCAUGAAACGCAUAAAACUGAACAAAUACAUAAGGAUUACUACUUUAGUUUAUGUUUAGACUUCGGACAGAUGCGAGAGCGCAUGCACUUGAGACAGAGAGAAGCGCAGCUGCUUAUGAUGCUGGAUUUAUUUCAGAUGCGUCCAAGAGGCGCACAUUAAGUCCAUGUGGGUGCAAGAAGGAAUCCUCUCUCUACAAGCUCUCGCGUUAAGUGAAGCCCACAAACCCCCAUGCGAGUUGUGCAAUGUGCAUGUUAAUGUUAAACUAUAAUAAUAAUAAAUAAUGGCAUAUCAUUUUUGUCUUUCAAAAAAAUAUGUAAAAAUCGAAUUGAAUCAUGACCUUAGAAUCGAAAAUGUAAUCGAAUCGAGGAUUUGGAGAAUCGUGACACCGCUAGUUUAUAUGAUAAAGCAACACAUUAUUGACCUAAAGCCUAAGCACAGGCACUAUACUUCUGAACAAUGUGUUAAGCACAAAACUAAAAAAAUAGCAAACUUUUCUAAAUCACCAACAUAAAUAAAUGUUUAACACUACUGAGUCAUUUUGUUUACUAAAAACCACAUAAAAUAUCACUUAAUUUCAAAAAAUGCUCUCGUUUUGCGGGCUCAUGCAAAGCAUGCUGGGAACUGAACCAAUGGUGCUGAUUUAACUUUAAAAUGAAGUAAAUUUGCAGUGACAGACUCUUUCUUAGCUUACCUGGCAAAUUGAACUCAUCACAACCAGCAAAAGUUUGUAAUUAUUUGCAUCCAAGAGCAAAUUCAUCCGUUUAAAACACGUCUGAGUGCCCUUUCAAUGAUGACGUCACUUUUUGGUAAAAACCGCCAAUAGAGGGCUUUUGACUUAAAAUAUUUAAUUAUGGUUGAAUCUACUUUUCAAGUUCCCUAAACUCUUUACCUUUGGUGUAGUUGUAAAAGCUCAAAAAACUAUUUACUGUUAAAGGAACAGUAUGUAAGAAAUUUAUAUCAAUUGAUCAUUAAAUGGCCCUGAAAUGUCACUAGAUAUUAAAAAAAUCAUUUUCAUUUCAAAUACUUAUAUUACUGACAACAGUGGUAUAACCAGGAUAUUGUCAUUUGGAAAGUGGAGUUGCAGCCCUCAACUGAUGUUUAUGUUGUCGUUUUGUAUAUUGGCCACCAGCUGUGUGAUUGCAGUGCCAGUUUUAGCCACAUGUUUUGUGAUUGCAAUACCAGUUUUGGCCACAAUCCUACAUACUGUUCCUUUAACUUAAAUCUAUAUGAUAGAUGUUGAAUUAACUCAAAAAUAAUAGUUAGCUAAACUUUUUGGCACAUUUUGAGUACAAGGUACUUUCUAUUAUAAGUUAGUUUUACUGUCUGGUUUUACAGUGUAUGAUGUGAAAAGAAAUCGUUCACCCAAAACUGAAAUUCUGUCAUUAUCUAUACAUGGGUUUCAGCUGGCGUCACUCUCUUGUCUUCCGCCAUUUUGAGGACCUGAAGUGGUCGCAAAAGAACUAGAAGCUAUGCCUUCAAUAUGUUGUGAGCAUCAAAAUCGCUAUUUUUACAACACUAAGAAGGCUCGACAAAACAUGAUAUUUUGCUCGAAGUAUCGCCUGUGUCUCUACACGUGAACUCGAGCAUU